GACCUCCGAUGGAGGAGACUAUAAAACCCCGAGGGCACUUCCUCCCCUCAGCUGUGUGCGGGGAGCAGCAGAAAGGGCUCCAGAAGCAGGGACGAUGGCAGCGCUACAGGAGAAAAAGUCAUGUAGCCAGCGGAUGGAGGAAUUCCAGCGUUACUGCUGGAACCCAGACACGGGCCAGAUGCUGGGCAGGACGCUGUCCCGCUGGGUGUGGAUCAGCCUCUACUACGUGGGCUUCUACGUGGUGAUGACGGGACUCUUCGCCCUCUGCAUCUACGUGCUCAUGAGCACGCUCGACCCGUACACGCCCGACUACCAGGACCAGCUGAAGUCUCCAGGUGUGACCUUGCGGCCAGACGUCUAUGGGGAGAAAGGCCUGGACAUUUCCUACAAUAUCUCCGACAACAGGACCUGGGUGGGCCUGGCACUUGCCCUCCACAACUUCCUGGCAGGCUACUCGCCAGCAUCCCAGGAGGCCAACGUGAACUGCACCUCCGAGAGGUACUUCUUCCAGGAGGGCUUCUGGGCCCCGAACCACACCAAGUUCUCCUGCAAGUUCACGGCGGACAUGCUGCAGAACUGCUCGGGCCUGGCAGAUCCCAGCUUUGGCUUUGCGGAAGGAAAGCCGUGUUUUAUCAUCAAAAUGAACCGGAUCGUCAACUUCCUCCCGAGCAACAGCACAGCCCCCCGGGCGGACUGCGCCUUCCGGGUGAGUGCCCUGGCCCGGGCCUGUCUGCACCCACUGGCCUUCCUGCGCACAGCUCGGUGUCAGCCCGGACCAGCUCCCAGACAAGCGGCCCCUGCAAGUGGACUACUACCCACCGAUGGGCACCUUCAGUCUGCACUACUUUCCCUACUACGGGAGGAAGGCACAGCACCCCCACCUCGGCACCUUCCCAGCCACCCCGACCCCACUGCCACCGCCACCGCCUCCUCCUGCGUCUCCCUUCCAGCCCCACUACAGCAACCCCCUGGUGGCCGCGAAGCUCCUCAACGUGCCCAGGGACAUGGAGGUCAUCAUCAUGUGCAAGAUUCUGGCGGACUACGUGGCCUUCGACAACCCCCACGACCCCUAUGAGGGCAGAGUGGAGUUCAAGCUCCGGAUUCAGAAGUGAGGGCGCCCUGGGGAAGCUCCGAGCCUAGAGCACUUGGGCCUCUUCAGGACCCCGCUGCUGCUGUGGGGACGCUCAGGCAGCAGCUGUCCGGCCACCAGGGAAACAUCUCGCGACUUACCUGUGCUGCAGGCCUGGGAGCCACAAGCCGUGGUUAGGGGCUGCCAAUAAAUGUUUUGAGUGUUUGCUUUUUAAAGCGUGCAGGUCCUAAACCAAAAAAUAAAACUUCAAAGUCGCCCA